CGCAAGGACCAAUAGGAAUCGCCGUAUUGUUCCUGGAACUCGGGGUGAGAGUUGACUGGAACAUGUGGUUAGACAUGGCUGCGCCCUGAGGACCGUGACUGUUGAACACUGGAUGGAAUAUUAAGCGUUUAUUUGAAAGCUCUUUAGUGGAUCAGCAUGACAGACAACGGGAUGUUUGUGAAAGACACAGGCCAAGGCCAGACAAUAUCCAGGGCGAUGAUUAUUAAAAUGCUGAAUAAGAAGUUUGAAAAACUCCCUGAUUUCGACAAAAAACUCUUUUCAUACGGCCCUAUAUAUUUGGCUGGCAACGCUGGGUUUGCUGGCUUGGUUGCCAACAGCUUUUUCAGACGUGUACUCAAUGUCACCCAAGGACGAUUUACUUCCAGCCUUCCCAUGGCUGUUCUUCCCUUUCUGACAACUGCAGCACUUUACACUGCGACCGUAACGAACCCUUUAAUGUCAGGUGACCUGAACUGCCCAACCUGUACCCUGAUAAGAGGGGCUUUGGUUGGUGUAGUUGGUGGUGGCAUAUAUCCCAUUUUGUUGGCCUUACCUGUCAAUGCUGGUCUUGCAGCCAGGUAUAACAGUGCACCAAUGCCAGAAAAGGGGAACAUGAUACGCUUCUGGACAAAUGUCAGCAAACCAAUUGUACAGAAGAUGUAUGUUGUUUUGCUGUUGCAGGGUUUGUUUGGAACCUACUUGAGCUCUAAACAGUUUGAUAUCUACCUUAAGAUGCUGAAAAUAACCGAUUCUGACAGUGAAGAGCUUCGUGGUUAGCAGUUAUUGUCAUUUAUAUUGUAAAUCUUUUUGUUAAAAUAAGUGAAACAUGCUUGCCCAGUGUCAUAAGCUUCUUGUCAGAUUUGGUUUUGAUGUCUGAUCAAUAAAUUACAUUAACUAUA